AGGGUGUGUAAUCGUUGUGGCGUAUGUGGAACCUGAGGAAGGAGAACAGUUCCUGGCACAGGUGAAAGCAGACAAGACCAUGCCCUCCACACACCUCCUUAUUCUCACACUAAGACCCGACCCUGCCUCUUGGUACACCAAAAUGGCCAGAAUCUUUAGGUCACUAGGCGGCAAACGGAGAAUGAUUGUCUCUCCUAAAUACGAGCUCUCCAAAAGAACAUUCUAUGACUACGACUCUUAGAGCCUCGUGUGUGCUUGUGGAGGCAGUAGGUUGGUUUUCGUCUAGAGUCGCCACAAUGUGUUGCGUGGGCCAAAUCGCAAAUGUUAAAAGGAUCAACCAAAUACACGGGAGGAUCUCUUGUGGGGAAAACUGAUAAAGGGGUAGCUGUUACUGUAAUUUUGUUUCCAGUUCACAAACUCAAAUGUGUCAACGUCAGAUUGUGGAUCAUCAUCAGUAGUAUUAAUCACUGACGGCGUCUGGAUUUGCCAGCGUUAAACAAAUCUCAUCCAUCACAAUAAUCACUGCCGAAUCAAAUCAUUAUUUUAACAAGUUGUCACCAUCCAUACACAACUCAUCAUGACAGCUUUUUUCUCAUUAGUUCAUAAGGCUGCAAGCUGGAGAUUAUUUUAAACGUUAAAAAACUUGGGAGUUGCAUCUCUCACUUAAUAUAUAUAUUUAGUCUCAUCCCUGUGUUGUCAUGUCAUAAACCAUUUUAUUUGUAAACAUACAUGGAAGGAAAAUUCCUUGGAUCUCUGCACCAAAAUAGUUUUAAGAAAGGCCUCUGUCUUCUCUGAAUUCAUGGAGUUUGGCUAAUGAGGACCUGAACCACCUUCAAAUUUAGGCUCUUCAGUACCAAGAUGGUGUGCUCAAAAGUUUAGACAUAAGGUGUAAGAUUGCUUUAAAGAGUUUUGUGCAACUCCUGUAUACUGGUGAUCAGGAAUGACUUGAAAGACAAGAUAGUAUUUGUACUUGUUUUUCCAAGAUUUUGUAAGUUUUAACUUAACCAGAUUGGUUCUUAGUGUCAGCAGAAUGUGUAAUUAUAUCUAUAUAGAUAUACUGUAUGCUAGAUAUAAAUCUUGUGUAUGACAUCAUAGAAAACGUGUUAUUUAGAAUAGCUAAUGGUCCGGCUUUUACAAAUGAUCGACCGUUUGUAAUUAUCUGGGCAAAUACUGUUGAAUAGAUGGGUAACCAUCACUCCCACCGCACUACAUGAAUAGGGGAAGACAUGGGUCCACGGGACGCUUGCUAUGAUGACCAUCUCGCCUCCCCAAGCACAAAGGGGUAAGCGACCUUAAGGGUGAGCAUUCCUGUUGGUCUGUGAUUGCCCUGUAGCGAAAGGGAGGAAGUGUCCUAGUCAGGCAGUUAUGCCUCUUGUGAUAAUAGUUGCUUUGUGAUAAUAUUUUUCUAUUUGAAGAAAAUAAACGUACAAAUGUUUAAACUAU